AUAACCGUAAUAUGUAUGCGUUUCACCUUGAAUAAUAAAAAUUACAGAUAAAACGAAUUUACGUUUUGAUAAAACUUACGUUGAAGUAAAAGUGUGGAGGCAGAUGAAUACGUUCGAGUGCCAAAGUUCCGCAGCCAAUCCACCGAAGUCUGGUAACAAAAUGACGACGAUGUUACUAUCACUACCAGAGUUUUACGCAUCUUACAAGAAAUGGAUUGCUGAAAAUCCAAUCAAAGCAAGCGAUUACGAAGUUACUAUCAAGUGGAUAUCAUAUUUUGUUGCUGGUCGUAUCAACAACUCACACAUUGUCUCCGAACUUGUCUAUUGUCUAUCCAAUCUUCUAGUCCUAUUCAAUGAUAGGAUCAUAAGAAGUGAGAAAAAUUUAGAGCUUCCCUGCUCAGGAGAUACACUAAAAGUCUGGCUGACUGUUUUGGAAUAUUGUGAAGUCCUGCUGGAGUUAACAGCCAGACAAGUUUGGGGAACAAGAGGAAAAUGGUUAAUUGUUGUGUCAAUUCAAGUUUUCAAAUGCAUAUCAAGAUUACUCCUGGUUUGCAAACACAAAGAAACCAUCAUUCAACAUCCUCCUGUUCAGGUUUUAAUGCGCAAACAAAUUAUGAUCCCACAAGCAACAGAAACAGCUGCUGCUGAAGUGGCACAAGCCCAAAUGGAUUCAGUAUCAUUUAAUUUGAAGAGAUCAGGUAAAAUUAUAAGGAAAGUUGAUGCAUCACCGCCGAUACACGUGAGAAAUUGGCGAUCAUUGCACAGGACACAAUUUGAUAAUGAACAGACAAUCGAACAAGCACUGGCAGGUCAACAACUAAUCGCAGAAACAUUAUACAUUGUUAAACCAAUCGCACAUCUAUGUGCGCUUGGUUGUUUCGGCGAUAAAUCAUGGAAACCAUUUUUAUUAAGCUUAUUAAUUGAUCUCGGCAGUAUACAAUUGUAUAAAAAAGGUGAUAAAAGACUCACCAGCAAGCAGAAAAUGGAAGUGUCACGUCGAUAUAUUGGUCUUCUGUUGUAUUUACUGCGUUCACCGUUCUACGACCGUUACAGUCGUCGUCGCAUCGCCGCCAUUUUGAAUUCGUUGAGUAAAAACGUUCCAUUCGCGAAUAUUAUUUGCUUACCACUGAUAAAAUACGUGCCAUUUUGGCAAAGUAAUUACUUCUACAUGUGGUCGACAUAAACAGGUAUGGUAUACAAUAGUUUGGUUAUAUUUUGUACAGGUAUCGAUGAAUUCUAGUUUAAUUUCUGUUUUUUUUGGUGAUGAAUAAAUUUUUAUAUCUGGA